AUGGAAGCUGACAGACAUGACACAGUAGACGAACCAUUCAUCACCCUGCCUCCGUCUGCCGCUUGCAGCCUAGACCUCUUCAGCAACCUCCCCUCCGACGAGAACACUGCCGCCUACUUGUGGGACCACCAGCCCUUGCUAGACGACUACGGGCAGCCUCAUUUGCCCAUCGAUGAGGCGAUACACAGUGGCUCGCGUACGGCAUCAACCGCAAGCUCAAAUGCUGCCGCCGACUUCAGCGAGGCGCCUUCUACCGCCGCUUCGCUCAAGAGCGAGAGCCUGCACAGCAGGCUCGUAGUUAUAAACACCGAGCUCAUCGCCCUCUCCGAGUCGCUCGCCGUGUCCUUCAGCAUGACCGACGACAUGGAGGUCAUCUACAGGCUUAACGCCGAGAUGACCGAGAUACUUCAGCGCCUCAAGGAGAAUGGGCUGUGCUACCCGCCGGUGCCGAUUGCCAAGUGCCACGGUAUGACGUCUCUGCUCAUACUGGGCUGCUACAGCUAUCUUCUCGAGGCCUAUGAAUUUGCCAUGGAGAAGCUGCGACACGAGCUGCGAGACACAGGCUCUCCCACCGCGAUGCUGCAGCAGCGACAGCAGCGGGCUGCGUCACCCGAAGAAGCCCCGCAAAUCAACAUUGGAGGCAUCCGGCUGCAAGUAUCAAGAAAGUCGGCCGCCGAAAUCCACCUGCAGCUCGUCUCCCAGACGGCCCAGAAUCUCCGCGAGUCGCUCCGGCAGUUCGUGAAGCACACGGCAGCCCCACGCUGCUCCAUGGACCUGGACACCGACGAGAGUCCGGCAUCGAACCGUACCGGGAACCGUGCUGGAGAGACGGGCCGCGGCGACACCAUUGAGAUUCUAACAAAAAUGGCCCAGCGGGAGUUGCAGCGACGAGAAGAUGGCAUUUUCCAGUAUAUAAAUGAGAGCGUCGCCAAGAAAACAAGGUGA